AUGGCUUCUGUGUGGAAACGUCUUCAAAGAGUCAAUAAACGAGCUUCCAAAUUUCAAUUUACCUUGUCUUAUCAUCAAAUUAUAUGUGAAACUACUUCUAAAUGGUAUGUUUAUAUUUUAUUAAAUAAAUUUAAUAUUAAAAAAAAAAAACAAAACUGAAAUACAUACACUAUUUAUACUAGAAAGAUCUAAUUAAAAAAUUGUUACUGUUAUUUUAGGACACCAAACAAAUUGGUUGUUGUAUUAAGUCGUAGGAGUAGGCGGUUUGUUAGUGAUGCUUUGCCCUGGGAACCUACUAUGAAAGAUCCUUUAAAAGGUGUAGUAAUAUGGCCAGUACCAGAAAAUAAGCAACUGUGUGUAACAUUGUUCAAAGAUCCUCGUACAAAUAAUCAUGAAGACAAAGAAUGGACUUUAACUAUUGAAGAUGUAAUUUUUUUUUAUUUUUUAUAUUAAUUAUAUUUAUAUCUCUAUGAUUUUUUUUUUUAUAUUGUAGGUAAAUAAUUUAGGUAAACAUCGACAAAUAGCAGUUGCAAUGUUAAAUAUGAAAAAGUAUGCUUCUAUAGAUUCUACUCAAUGUGAAAUAACAUUAGUAUUUAAACCUGUUUCAAAAAAAAUCACUUCGGCCUCACUGGAAAUGACUUUAUCAAGUGUAUUUCUUAGAGAAGGAAAAGCUACGUAAGUUUAUUUCAGAUAAGCAAUUUUACUAAAUUAAUUAUUUUUAAAAUUAAAAUACUAUCAGUUUAUUAACAUCAACUUAAGUUUUUAUAAUAGUAACAUUGUUUUUGAAAAUGAUAUUAUUAAGUAGUAUUCCUAAAACUAAUUUAAUAAAUAUUUAAAAACUAACUGCAUAAAAUGCAUAAAGAUUAUAUUAAAAUUCUCAAUUUAGCCUUAUUUCUUUUAUUAUUAUAAACCUCAAAAUAUUAUACAGCUGUCUCAUUUACAUAAAUAUUACUCUUUUUCAGUGAUGAAGAUAUGUUAAGUUUAGCCAGCCUUUUUAGUACAAACAAUAGUGAUAUAGCACCUCUUGAAGAUUUUGACGAAGAAGAUAUUGAUGGUUUUAUUAUUAUUGUUUAAAAUGUUUUCAUCAACAUAAAUUUUUAUUUUUUUUUUUUUUAGAUUCUUUAAUCAAAGAAAAUUUGAACAAUGUAUCAUUUAUGACUAACAAAAUUGAAAAUUUAACCAACAGUUUAAGUGAUCCAGAAUUUAUUGGUACUUCAGUUAAUAGUAUGUUAAUUGAUAUGGUAUCCAAUUUUUCAAGUUUAUUUAUUUAUUUGAUUUGCUAGCGAAAAAUUCUUUUGAUCAAGAAAGCCAUAAGGUGGAUGAUAUGAACUCAUCAAUCAAUCCAAAUUCUAGUUUAGAAAAUGGUUCAUCAUAUAACAAAUUUCCUUAUAUGUAAGUCUAUAGGAAUUAAAUAUUAAUAGAACUUGUAAUAUAACAAAAAACAGAUUGUAUGCAUUUUGUAAUAGUUCCACAUCAAACAAAUUAAAAUUUAUUUAGAAUCUGAACAUAGCAAAGAAUACAUUUUAGUUUAAAUAUUAGUAGUUAUUAAUAUUUAUAUUAAAAUAAUUUUAGGAAUAAUGCUGGUUCUAAAGAUGGAGUACAAAAUACUCGGCCAUUCCUAAAGCCAUUAAACUUAACAGAUGUAAGUAAAAUACUUUUAAAUUAAAUCCAAAAUGGUUAGUUUAUAUGAAAUAUGUGUAAUCUAAAAUUUAUAAUAAAGACAGACAUACUUCUGAGUAGACAGGUCAUUGUUGUAGGUAAUAACAGUGUUGAAUUUAGACAAUUUUACUGAGGGGUGGCAUUACUAAAAUUUUAGUAAUGCCCUUUUUUUUUUUUAACACGGGCAAACAAAAUUCUUGAGGGAAGGGCCUAUGGCCUCAUCAUAUACUUGGAUUCAAUGCUGGGUUAAACAAUAUCAGUAAAGAAAAUUUAUCUUUUGCAAUCGUUAAUCAUUGUGUACUGAUAUACAUUAAAUUUUCUUUUUUCUUUACUAACUUCUCACCCUUGGGAAAGAAGAAAGAAAAUUUAAUGUAUAUCUGUAUACAACUAUAAAAGAUACAUUUCUUUUAAUAAUAUUAAUUGUUUAUAUUGUAUCAAUUUUUUUGUUUUCCUACAGUUUUUCCCAUUUAUUGUGAAAACUCCUGGAAAUCAAAAAAUAAUUCCCUAAAGUACUACCCCAGUCAGAUUUGUUUUCAUAAAAAGUGCUAUAAUUGUCAAUCUGUAGAUUUCUGAUAAAAAAAUUGUUCAUAGGUUCAAACUAAAAAAAAAUAAAAUAUAAUAAUAAUAACAAUAAUAAAAUAAAGAUUUUAAAACCAAUACUUUCUUUCUCCGCUCAGAAUCUAAAAAAAUAUGUACACUCAAAUUAAAUAUAUAAUUUUCAGGUUAAUACAGAAAGUUCUUUCAAAGGUAUUGAGACGACCACACCUGGCCAAGAUUUACUUGAAUGGUGUAAAGAUAUAACUAAAGGAUAUCCUGGUGUAAAAGUUACUAACCUAACAACUUCUUGGCGUAAUGGUCUAGCAUUUUGUGCGAUAAUCCAUCACUUCCGCCCUGAUCUUAUGUAAGAAAAUUUCAAAUUAUUAUAUUUUGAAGACAAAAACAUCAAUUAAAAAUAAAUAAAUAAUUAAUUAUAUAGUCAAAUUAACUUAAUAAAUUUAUCAAUAUUUUAGUGAAUUUAAUCAUUUAAAACCCCAUGAUAUUCGAGAAAAUUGCAAAACUGCUUUUGAUGCUGGAGAAAUCUUGGGAAUUUCUCGUGUUAUUGAACCAUCAGAUAUGGGUGUACUUACAAUUCCUGAUAAAUUAGCUGUUAUGACAUAUUUAUAUCAAUUAAGAGCCCAUUUUACCGGUAAAUACCUAUAUUAUUUUCAUACUUUGAUUUAUAUAGUCUUAAUUUGAAUUUAAAUUUAUUUUAGGCCACGAAUUAGAAGUUCAAUUGAUUGGUAAAACUACAGAUGAAUCUUCUUAUAUGAUUGGAAGAUAUGAUAAUUCAGAGAAAGGAAAUAUUUCACUUCAAUUAUUUGAAAAAGAAAUUAAUAAUUUUAGAACUAAUGAUUCUAAUGAAAAUCUCCAAAAAAAGUAAAAUAUUAAGUUAUAAACUAAUAAAUAAAAUAUUCUUAUUUUACUAUCUAAUAUCAAGAAAACAAAUAUUUUAUAUAAUAAAAAAAAUCAAAAAACUAAUACAUGGUUUUAUUUUAGUCAAAAUGAUACUGACUGUCAAAAUACUGUAACAUUUACAAAAGAUGGCAUUACUGAUAAAAUUUUAAAUAGUUCAAAAAAUAUUUUUGACCAAAUAUUAUCUCCAUCUAAAGAAAAACUAUCAUUUCCUAAGGUACAUUUAUAGUCAUUGAUAUUGAACAAUCAUUAUUGAAGCCACUAAUUUAAUAUUUUUUUAUUAAUUAUUUCCUAAUCCUAGGUUAAAUCAUUAAUGAAUAAAAAGCAGCUUACUGAUCCUAUCAUUUCUGAUGAAGACAAGUAUAAAAAAUCAUUUUUUAUUAAUAUGUUUGCAAUAUAAAUUUGAUAUUUAUAAUUUCAGUGUUAGUCAAGUAUCUAGUGAAAGAAGUCGUAAGUUAACAAGAUCCCUAUCAACUAGUGAGGUAUAUAGUUUUCUUUACAAUACAAUUACUUAAAUUUUUAUUUGUUAAUUUUUUGAUUUUGUAUAGAGCUUAAAAAGUUCAAAUUCUGGUGGUAAAAAUAGUGAACUAAAAUCAUUAAAUGAAAACUAUAAAAAUCAAGAUUUACCCAAACAGGUUUGUAAAAAUAUAUUAACUGUUUUAUUAUCCAUGUCUACUAUUGUGUAUUUAAUAUCUAAUAUGAACAAAAACAUGACUACAUUUUAAAAAUUAUAUUAAUACCAGAAUGUAUUUGCUUUUUUGAUGAUUAAUUUUACAUAAUAAUUUUGUGUUUUUAUUAACCUAAUUGAGUAGCAAAGUGUGUUGAUUUUUAUAUAUGUAGAAAGUAACAAAUAAUAGACACAUAGAGCUUAGAGAAAGAGCUCGUCAACUUGUUGAACAAGCACGCCGUGAAGCUACUAGGAGAACCCAGACACCUACUCAGGUUGGUAAAGCUAAUAUUUUAAGUUUAACUUUUGAAAUAUACAUUUGUGGUAAUUUUCUUAUUAAAUAUGUUAUUAAUUUGUUUGUAUUAUUCUAAUAUUUAUUGCAAUUCCAUUCAAUAUUUGAUAAUUAAAUAUAUGAUGCGUACAUAUUAUUAAGCUAUGAUAUGAAAAUAUUGAAAAUUGAUUUCAAUGAGAUCUUUAAAAAGUUAUUUUAUCAACAAAAUUAGGUCACUUUAUGAGGCAUAAAAGUUUUUGCCAUAAGGCAUAUUUUUGAGAAAAAACCCACUGAUACUAGGAACCCUUAAAAACUUGAUAUUAGCUAUACUUAAGUAGAACACAGCCAUUCUUUUGAAUUUGAGAUAAUUUAUUUUGUUAAAAACUAAUUGAUCAAUUAUAUUCCUUGUAGUGAAUAGGUAUAUUUGCUAAUGUAUACACAUAACAUAAAUUACAACCUACACUUCUUUAAUAUGUUAUUUAAUUUAUUGUUUUAUCACUUUGAUCACUGAAAAUUUACAUGCUCUUGAAAUAAAACUUAAAUAGAACUGAAUGAUUCAUAGAACUUCAAAAAAGUACAAAAAGAACCAUACUCUAACCUAGUAGGUAUCAACCUUUUUUAUUCUAUACCCGUUUGUAGUUUUUCAAAAAUCUCAUACCGCACAUAAAUUAAUGCAUUUUUUUUGUAUACUUUGCAACUUGGUGUAAACUGGCUAUUAAAUUUUCAAAUCCUCUUACCCGGUUAUGUAAAAUAAAAAUAAUUUAUUUAAUAUACAUUUUACUCUGAUAUGACUGCGCUUCUCCAGUAAUGUGUUUACGCCCUCAGGUUGGGAAAUAUUAGUUUCACCUUUGGAAAAAAUUGAUUGCAAUGUGAGAGUGUGAAUUCAUAAUUUUCAAAAUGUUCAUCAUGUCUAGGUUAAUCUAUUGAGAAAAUACAAUCUUUACCUAUGUUCUAAUGAAUGAUUUUAUUACACCAAAUAAUAUUUUCUAUAAAAACAGUAAAGAGGAAUGGGAAACAUAUAUUAUGGCUAAUAUUUUUAUUAUGUAAUAUAAAUAUUAAUUAUUUAUUUUCAACAGAAUGAAGAAGAAAGACAAUUACAGAUACGGGAUCGGGCUAAGAAAUUAAUAGCUGAGGCACGUAAAAAUAUGAAUACUCCUUCAUCCUCAACAAUCGCUUUGGAUAAUAUCAGUUCAAGAAGUUCAAUAUCUCCUGUUUCUGAUCGAUCUCAAACAAGUUCAUUUAAUCUUGAUAAGGUAUUAUUUUCUUGACAUUAAACAAAUAUAAACUUCAUAUGAUUUCUUUAAUAAAUACAUUUUGCAUUGAAUAUAAAUAUAAAUAAAUAGGCAAUUAAAUUAGUAUAAAAUAAUAUUUGUUUUAGUCAUACCAAUCUAGCAAUGUAUCAUUAGAUACAAGCCAAAAAUUGCAAUCAUUUUCAUCAAUUUUGGAACCUUUUGCUGUGUCAAAAGAUGUAAGAUAUACAUAGUUUAAAUAAAAAAGUAUACUGAGAAUUUAUUUUACCAGUUUUUAUUUUUUGUUAAUGUAAUCAGGUUAAUUACAUUCAAAAUGAAAUGGAAUCUUUGGAGCGUGAACAAAGACAAAUUGAUUUUCAAGCAGAUGAAUUGGAAGUUGAACUUAGAAGAGUUAUGAACACAGGUAAAAAGCAUAAAUUAUUUAUUGAAUAUUUGUAUUCAUUAUAUUAUCUAAUUAUUGUAGAAAACGAUCAUGAGAGGGAAGAAAUGCUUAUGACAGAAUGGUUUACUCUUGUUAAUAAAAAAAAUGCUUUAUUACGCCGUCAAAUGCAAUUAAACAUUCUGUAAGUAUUUGACUAUUUAUUUCUAUAUUAAAAUUAGAGCACAUUUCUUAAAACAAAUAAUAUAGUUUAAAUUAAAAGUUACACAUAGUUAUUUCCCCAUUUCUGAAAACUGAACUAUUAUUAUUAUUAAUUUGUUUUGGCAUAAAUGUAGUUGAGCAUCUAUGCAAAAUUUUUAGUUUUUUUUAAAAAAUGUGUGGUUUUACAUGUACAUUAAGAAUGUAAAAAAAUAAAAUACUAACUUCAUUCUGAAGUUAUGAGGGAAAACUUAGUAAAGUUUCGAGUUUUUCCUUUUCGCUUAUUUCUUAGUUGGAAUUUAACAUUUUAAUUUUUUUUAUUUUCAAAAUGUGUGUUUUUAAAUUCUUAAUCAAUUGGCAUAAUCAAAACAACUAUCAUAUUUACUUUUAUAGUUAUUGUACAUACAUUUUGAAAUUAAUCCAUAAUGUGGACAAAAAUUGACAUUUUAUUAUUAUUAUUAUUUAUUAUUAUUGAUAUUUUAAUAACAAAGUUUUUUUUAUUGAAGUCGAAAUCAGGCUAUCUGGCUUAUUUUUAGAGCUACAAACGUUCAAGCCCAGUAUUUUGCUGCACUCACUCAGACAAUUUUAAUCAAAAAUAACCCUAUUGAGUAACCACAUUGAGUCUCUAAAUCCACCUCUAAUGCUUUUCACUUUUUCUUGUGAUUUUACACAUCAAAUCAAAGAUUAUUUUAAAUUAAAAUUGUUGAAUUGAGUGCAGCGAAACAGAACAUGAUUAAACUUUAUAACUCUAAUGUUUAUUAUAAAAAUAUCAAUAACUACAAAUAAUAAUAAUAAUAAAAAAAAUGUGUAUUGUUUCUAAACUGCAUAAUUAUUUUGUUUUUUUUUUUUAAGGGAAAAAGAGGAUGAUUUAGAAAGAAAAUAUCAAUUACUCAUUCGAGAACUUAGAAGUAUCAUCGCAAUUGAUGGUAUUUUGUUUUAACAAAAUUAAUUUUCAUUAAUUUUAAUUAAUUGAAUUAUUUUUAUUUUAGAUUGGCAAAAAACAGAAGAACAAAAAAGACGUGAAAACUUAUUGUUAGCUGAAUUAGUCAUAAUUGUAAAUAAAAGAGAUGAAUUGGUUCACCAUCUUGAUUCUCAAGAAAGAGCGUAUGUAUGAAUAUUCUAUUAGAGAUGUAUCCAUUAAAUCUAUUUUUAUAUUUGUUUAAUUAUCAACUAUUUAAGAUUGUACAAGUUGAUAUUAAUACAUUAUAUUAUUACAUCUUGUUUUCAGGAUUGAAGAAGAUGACAAAAUUAUACGUGACCUUAAUAGAUCUGGUCUAAUUCAACCUAAUAAACAUUGUACUGUUCAGUAA